AUGCACGAGCACGGGGCCUUCGUGACCCCCAUCGCUCCUUCUGCGACACCUGCCCGGGACCCCUUGAGGCUUCUCAAGGCCAACAUCGACCCGAUGACCCACGACAUCCGCGAUUUGACACUCCAACACACGAGGUAUGGCCUUACUGUGUUUGCUCACUCGCGCGACACACUCACCAACAUGAGACAGGCCAUUGCCGAUAAUGCGAUCACUUGCGCCGCACUCUCCAUCAGAAUCCCCGACAAGCGCAACCCCCACCUACGCUUUUGGGGCGUCGACCCAGACAUAUCGACCGACGAGUUUAUAGACCGCGUCAGAGAGCGCAAUCCCCAACUCCAGCUCGAUCCGCAGAAGUGCAAAGUUAGGGCGUCAUUCAGGGAACGCUCGGGCACUUCGGCAGUUAUUGUUGAGGUAGACCCCGACGCGUUUGCACGCAUCAUGAGCCAGCAGCGCAUUUCGGUGGGCUGGACUUCGGACCGUGUGACCGAAGACCUCCACUUGGCCACGUGUUUCACAAUAGUCCGCUUCGCCGAAACUAAUGAUGUGGAAGCAGUCCCUUCGUCAUGGGUGUGCGGCCAUACGUGCUUGUGGCCAGUGGCCUACACCCCUGCCCGCCUCACAAAGGCUAUAUCGCAUUGUGAACUCCCUAGUGCCUCAUUUUCGAAGCACCGGGUGGUCGUCAUAGCUACAGCAAGUACAUACCUGCAUGCAAGAGCAAAGGCACGGGAGGCAGAAGAUACGGACAACGUGCCUGCUACAGAUACUGAAAUGGGCAGAGGCAAACGUCGCCGCCGAAAUGGCCAUGAAAUGCCAGACGAACCAGAUCUAAGGAGCUCCCCAUCUCCAUCCAGCAGCACGGAGUUGGAACCAGGCCUUCAUGCAAGUGCACUUGGGACACCACCACGUUUCGUCAGCGAUGAUAGAUAUGAGCACGGAGAUCGCCAGCCGGCAUUCAUGGAACCACAUGCACGUCAUGGAUCGAGUCUGCAAAUUGACGCGCCACAAAUGCAUCAGAGCCAAGAAAGCAUGCGAGUACCUCUUGUUCAAGCUAGAUAUGAGCACGGAGAUCGCCAGCCGGCAUUCAUGGAACCACAUGCACGUCAUGGAUCGAGUCUGCAAAUUGACGCGCCACAAAUGCAACAGAGCCAAGAAAGCAUGCGAGUACCUCUUGUUGAAGCUAGAUAUGAGCACGGAGAUCGCCAGCCGGCAUUCAUGGCGCAACAUGCACGCCUUGGAUCAAGUCUGCAAAUUGACACACCAGUAAUGCAUCAGAGCCAAGAAAGCAUGCGAACACCUCUUGUUGAAGCUAGAUAUGAGCACGGAAACUGCCAGCCGGCAUUCGUGGAAUCACACGCACGUCGUGGAUCGAGUCUGCAAAUUGACGCACCAGUAAUGUUCCCAGAUGUCCAGAAUCGUGACAGAACGUACUGCACCUUGACUCCUUCAAACCAAAGCACGACGUUCCCACCACUGCAAGAGAGGCCUCCUGCCUUGUGUGCUCCGCAAAGUCAAGAAAAAAUUCUGAAAGAAUUGGAACGAAUUCGACUGCAAAAUGAAACCAUCAUUCAAAUGUUGACUGCUAUAGUUCCAAGGCACACAGACCAACUGGGCAACUUUACGUUCCCGUUAAGUAGUCGGGAAGAUGUUUCAUCUCUUGAAGAUCAACUUGCAAGUAGCAUGGAGCUCAGACGAGAACUGGUUAAGCGUUUGGCAGCCAUUGGUGGUGGAACGACUGGUCAGGCGGUGCGAGCUCAACUGAGAUUCAUUUUUGAAGACUCCCUGGCCUCUCUGUAUAGUUACACUGGAUGGAAAGCAAAAGAGAAUUUCUCCCACCUACAUCUCUGCGAUAUUAUUAAAGAAGCGGUAAAGCUGAACCACCGCACUCGUGGUGCUUCUGACGAUGAAAUAAAGGGCUUCAUAACGAUCUGGCUCAAGAACGCGAAGAUACGGCAGGG